UGUCAGUUAAAGGUUGGUUUGUUAUAACUGACUAUUGUUUUCCGGGAUGUCCAACAGUUUCACCUCUUCGGAAGCUGUGCUCGGUUUGUUGGAAAAAUUCGGUGUCGGCGUUCGUGCUGCAGAUGAUGAGUUCUUCCAGGAAGGCAACUUCUAUCUGAACAAGUUCGUCAAACUCGGAGUGCUGAGCGACAUCGAGAAGCUUUCAGCGGAACCGGAAGAAGAAACAGUUAUAACGUGCAACAUUCCGGGUUGUCGGUACAGCUGUUCGAACGUGCAGGAUUACGAGGGACACUACAACCUGCAGCAUCGGUAUGCCUGUGGUGAUUGUAAGAAAACGCUGCCCAAUGCCCACCUGUUGGAUUUGCACCUGUCGGAAACGCAUGAUUCCUACUUUGCCGCACAGGUGCAAGCUGCCCGGAAACCGAUGUACGCCUGUUUCCUGGAGGAGUGUCCACACAAAAGUCAAACACCAAGCGAGCGUCGCGAUCACUGCAUCAAGGAGCACAAAUUUCCCCACAAUUUCCGCUUCGAUAAACAAUCAUCUUCUACUGGUUUAACUAAAGGGAACACUCAGUCCCUGAACACUAAAAAAGGGGACAAAAUUGUAAAACAAUCUUCAACGAGUUCCGGUGAGAUGGACGUGGAUUCAGCGGCAGCAACAGCCAAAAUUAGUGAUCAAACAACGGAGGUUCCGAAAUGCAUGAAAAACUUUAGCUUCGGCCACUCGCGGAUUCGAUCGUUUAAAUCGACCACAGGAUCUACCAAACCGAAGAAAAAUUGUGAUAUCUUGGAGAGCAACAAAAUGGUUGUCGAUUUGCUGGAAAGUCUUCCAACGGAUUGAAUCGGUUGAAUCAGUUUGUUUUUUAGA